GCUGCGUGUUUUUAAGUUAUUCCGUUCUACCGUGUGUGCAGAUGUAUAUUAUUAUUGUUAAGUAUUACAAUAUUAUUGGGAAGUUUUAAGUCAGACUGGAAUUACGUCACUACGAUCACGGCUUUUAUUGGAUUUUAACUAAAUAACCUGCUGAUAUUUAUAUCAUGAAACCUGAUUCGGACAAACAGCAGGAAACAGUAGUUGACGCCGAGAACAACGGGGAUCCGAACGGUUCCAGCGAAGCAGGCAGAGACAAUAGCUCGUCGUUGGACCAGCUGCGCACGUGCUCACUGGAAUUUAUCCGGUCCGAUCCGGGACUGAGGUACAUCUACGACAAGGGUUUUGUAGCCGGUUUGUACGGGCAGAACCUAAGGCAGUUGGAAGCUCUAGUGUCGCGGGAAUCUGCAGCAGGUGUGAUGUCUGCGGACGCGGCGGUCGGAUCACCGUUGCAAGCGGUUGGGGCGGACAGCUGGGCAACCAUGGUCGCAACGGAUACCGCCAUGGAGUCGGCGCUGAACGCCGCGCUGAAAGUCGCGGCAAGUUCGUCGGCGAUCGUAUCUGGUAUAAAACGGAGAAUAUUUCACGAACAACCGUAGUGACUUAGACGGCCAUAACGGCCGACAUGAAAUUAUUCCUCAUAUUAUAUAAUUUUAUUUUAUUGUUAUUGUAACAUAUAAGUAAGUACUACAACUUCGAUUAUAUUAAAUAAUGUAAAUUGUAAUACAUAUACAUUUUGAGUUCAUU